GUCUACUCUUUCUCUCUCCUUCUUAUGGGUCUCUCACCAGACAGCUUUUACUGAUCCUGCCAUCCACAGUCCCCACUCACUUUGAACCCUCAUUCAUUCAUUCAUGGCUUUCACUCUUCUUUUUCUUCCAUCCUUUCUUCGCUUCACACUUCACUUUAUCUUGUGACCCUUUUCCGAUCCUUCUAGUUCUUCCUCCUUCUUCUCUUCUUCUUCCUCUUCUGUCUCCAAUGCCACAACCACUCACCUUUUUGUUCUCUCCUUGAAUGCUGCUUUCGAUUUCUGCACCAUGCCCCACUUCUUCCUCUUCCUCCUCACCCUCUUCCUCUUCCUGCUGUCUCUCCGCGCACUUGAAUCCCAUAAUAGUAGAUUCAAUCAUCUUCAAGGUCCUGCACGACUGGUUAACCAUGUGGGUUCUAUGUUCCCUAAACUCUCACCUUUUGGUUCUCCACAGCCUUUUCUUCCUCUUGCACCUUCACCACUCUCUCCAUUCACCAACACCUCUAUCCCAAAGUUAUCAGGACUCUGCACUUUAAACUUUAGUAGUGCUGAAAGUUUGAUCAGUGUAACGGCAACUGAUUGCUGGGAAGUUUUUGCCCCAUUUCUGGCUAACGUAAUAUGUUGUCCCCAAUUGGAAGCAACUCUCACAAUUCUCAUUGGUCAAUCUAGUAAAUAUACCAAUGUACUUGCCUUAAAUGGGACCAAUGCCAAACAUUGCCUUGCAGAUGUGGAACAGAUUUUGAUGGGCCAGGGUGCUGCUACUAAUCUGAAGCAGAUAUGUUCAAUUCAUUCUUCAAAUCUCACUGAGGCAUCUUGUCCUGUAAAAAAUGUGAAUGAUUUUUAUGACAUGGUGGAUACUACUAAGCUCCUUACCGCAUGUGACAAAAUUGAUCCUGUGAAAGAAUGCUGCUAUCAAGUCUGUCAGAAUGCAAUAUUAGAAGCAGCUACAACCAUUGCAUCAAAAGGUUCCGAUAUUUUGACCAUGGACUCACCACAUGUUCAAACCGAGCACCCACUACGGAUCAGUGAUUGUAGAAAUAUUGUCCUCCGGUGGGUAGCUAGUAAGCUUGAACCUGUUCAUGCAAAGAAAGUUCUCAGGGGGCUGUCUAAUUGCAAUGUUAACAAAGCUUGUCCCCUGGUUUUCCCUGACACAAUGCAAGUUACCAGAGGUUGUGGGGAUGGGAUAAGUAACAAAACAGCCUGCUGUAAUGCUAUGGAAAGCUAUGUGUCUCACUUGCAAAAGCAGAGCUUCAUCACGAACUUGCAAGCUUUGGAUUGUGCUGAGACUUUGGCAAUGAAGUUAAAAAAAUCAAAUAUUACUGCUGAUAUUUAUGGUCUUUGUCACAUCAGCCUUAAAGACUUUUCCCUACAAGUUGGAAAUCAAGAGGCUGGAUGUCUAUUACCUAGUUUGCCUUCGGAUGCUACAUUUGACAGGAUUUCUGGGAUCAGCUUCCUUUGUGAUCUAAAUGAUAAUAUUCCAGCUCCCUGGCCUUCUACAUCUCAGCUAACUUCUUCAUCAUGCAAUAAAUCUGUCAACAUCCCUGCCCUUCCUGCAGCAGCAUCAAGUCAAAGUUCAGGCCUAUACAGCCAUGAGAUUAUGUUCUUCGUGCUUGCUGCUUUAUCGUUUCUCCUUAUGGCAACCAUGUAAUUAUGAGGGUUUCCUUUCAAGUGAAGCUUUCCUGGUUCUUCAACAGAGAUAGUUUUACACGGGUGUAAUUCAGGAUAGUUAGUUGUAGCCUGUUCUAUGAGAAAAAGAAAUCUCAGCUGGAGGUAAUGUUCAAUCUGUUUCGGAUCUUCUUGAUUCAUGAUUCUUCUUGUGUGCUUGUGUAAUAAAUUUUUUGUAUAUAGAAAUUUUAGAAAGCAUAGGUUAUACAGAAACUUGAUGAGAUUUAUAUGCAUUUGAAGUAUCAUAGGAAUUUCCAGUUCUAUAUCUCUUGGAGAAGUGUUCUUUUAUGUUCAAUUUAGAUUCUUCUACGAUAA